UAGGCUAAAUGAGAAGAAAUAUGGCAUCAGUCCUGACAGCUUUGUGGAGCUGUUAACUGCAAUACCUCCAAACUGCAAUAAAGUUUUGUACAACUGCUGAACAAGACCUUGGUACAUCCCCUCAGGAUGUUGGGUCAGAUCAAGAAAGCUGCCAAUUGGCUCUGAGAUUUCCACAUGUACUGAGAGAUGUGCUCAAAUUAACGAAAGAUUGGGAAGCCCACCUGUGCACACUGUUUCCGCAGACACCCACGUUCUGCUGGCUGUCUAGUGGCAGUCUGGCAAAAAAAGUGACAUCUUCAUGCAAUCCUGUGCUUCCAGUGCUCCAAAAAUGGUUGUCAUUUGGUAUGAAAUGUGUACCAAAGGCCCUAAGAUGAAAGCACUUCAGUUGUGGAUUUCCUGUUUUGCUGUUUUUUUAUAAGGAGUGUUUCACUAAGACAUCACUAGACAUACAGUCCCCAACAUCUGAUCUUUUGUUUUUUUUUUUUAGGUAGUAUCCAGUGCCUUGCUGCUGUGAUAUGCAUAGCUCUACCUAAAUCAGUGGGAUAUUCCCACGUUCAUAGCUUUGUGUUCAAAUCCUGCACUGCACCAAGAUCAGUGAGUUGUGCUGUGGCCCAGAGCACGAGGAGCUCAGAGCUCAGAGCUAGCAGCUCGGGCUCCUCAGGCUGCUGUGUGACCUCGUGGGACAGCCAGGCACUGCUUGAACACCUGUGGAGCACUGUGUGCAUGAACAGACAGUGGGCCUGGGCCAGUGCAGUGCAAUCCUGAAUGCAGAAGCCAGCACCAUGAUACCCAGCUCUUGUACUGGGCUUUCUACUUGCAGGCAUGCAAGAACCUAAAUGAAGAGACAUAAAUUAUUGACCAGAAAAUGGCCCAACGAAGCCCAAUCUUCCCAACUCUCGCCCAUUCUGAAAGCUUCUUUAAACUGUAGGAAAAAGAGCCUGACCUGCCUUUGUACGGACAGAGGCAGCAGCAAACAACACCCAUUCAUCUGUAGCAGCCGGCCUUUACGGGUUCGAAACAUCCCGCUGCACAGCCAGGCGCUGACAGCGGUCCCGCUGGCAUCUGCGAGCCUCGUGGAUCAGCUGGAGGACAGAAUCCUCAGCCAUGAGAAAACCACGGCUGCGCUUGUGGAACACGCUUUUCGCAUCAAGGAGGACAUUGUUUCCACUCUGCACAGAAUGCAGAACAAAGGGGGGGGUGAUCGGUUAGCUAGGCAGCUCCUAGAAGAACACAUCCGGAACAUAACUGCCAUCGUGAGGCAGCUCAACAGGGACAUUGAGAUGCUGCAAGAACAGAUACGUGUCAGAGACAAUCUCAGCUAUGGAACAAAUUCUACCCUAAAGAGCCUGGAAAUGCGGCAGCUUUCUGGUUUAGGGGAUCUUCGUGGAAGAGUGGCAAGAUAGCAACAAAGUGGAGACAUUUGGCUUUUCUUGCCUUUCUAAAGAAGCUGCCUGAUUGUAAGACCUAGAAUUUACCACUGUAUAAACCUAAGCUGCUCUUCUUACAGAUACUACUAAUUGGUCUUACUAUGCUGAACUGCCAAACUAUAAAUGACAGGUUUUAUAAUCUGUGGUAUUUUGCUUUAUUUGUUAGUUUGAUACUGAAGGUAUACCACCAUAAUUACAGUAACACAACUAUAACUGAGGUGUUGAAAACACAUUUUGAAGUGAAAGCUUUCCAACUGAAAUGUAAGUUAAGAGAAGUUAAAACAUGCCAUGGCUUUGAGUAAUGAUUUAACCUGCCAUAGUUUGUCCCAUUUACUGCCUUUCCCCCUUCCCCCCUCCCUUACAUUGUAACCACUGUCUGUUCUCCACCAGUUUCAUAGAUCAAUUAUAGUAACUUUGGUGGUUAUAAAUAUACAUGACUCAUACUCUGCAGGAGUCUCACUCUUGAAAUUAUAGUACUUCUAUUUUGCAUCACAGUUUAUGUCCUUAUUGUAUUACUGUAGAUGAAAUCCCCCUUGACAAAAGUAUUUUUGAAAUGCGGUAAGAAAUGGACGUAUUCCAUAGCACAUUUGUUGUGAAAAUGUUACAGCGUUGAGAAAUGUUCCAACAUGAAGAAAGGAAACAGUAAUUAUUAUGUGCCAGUACUGCAUUUUGUAGUCUUUAGUGAGACAAAAUUGCUUUAAAUGGCAGCCUUACCUAAAUACAGGCUGUGCUAGUUAAAUCAUAACUUUUCCUCACAUUGUUUACUCUCUAUAUUGGGUACUGUUAUUUGGCAAACAAAAAUAAGAACGUAAGGCUUAGCAGAACAUGGCUACAAUAAUGGAAAAAUGAUCUUCAUAAUUAUUUAGGCCUCUAUGUAGGGCAAACCAUGCACACCACAGCAGAUAUCUGCUGGAGAGUAACAGAAGUAAUGAGGUAUUGAAAUCCUGCAUCUUUGAAAUUCUAAUGCAAUUUCCCCAACUCUGACAAUGACACAAUUUACACGUCAGUACCAAAAGAACCAUAGUACAGCAGGAGUGUGAUGAAGUAUUUGGGAUCUAUUCCCAUUUUGGAGCAGCUUGCUGGAUAGGGCGAGAUACAUCAGCAUUUUUACAGCCUCAUAAGACAAUGUUUUGCUAGACAGACAGUACUUUCAUAGAGAUACCUAAUAUAAAAUGGGUGAUUUUAAAAGCCUGGGCCUUACAUUCUAUUCAACUAUUGCUUUGGUAUUUUUUUAU